AUGUACAAUGCUUUAUACAGCAACUCCGACCUUAAAUGGAAUGUUAAAGAUGAAAAUGGAAAUUUUGUGAUUCCAUAUAUAAUCACGGGACAAUACAAAACGUCGGAGCGACGGAUAAUUGAAGAAGCGAUGAGGCUUAUCCACGUCAAUACAUGCAUUCGUUUCAAACCGAGGACAAAUGAAGAAGAUUAUAUUGAAAUACAGAAUCAGCCAUUCGAAGGAUGUUACACAUACGUCGGGCGUCCCGGCGGUAGAAGUAUUCUGAUGCUCGAAGCAAACGACGAACGAACGCUUAUCCACGUCAAUACAUGCAUUCGUUUCAAACCGAGGGCAAAUGAAGAAGAUUAUGUUGAGAUACAGAAUCAGCCAUUCGAAGGAUGUUACAAAUACGUCGGGCGUCCCGGCGGUAGAAGUAUUCUGAUGCUCGAAGCAAACGACGAACGAACAUGCUUGAUAAAACGGACAGUUCAGCACGAGUUGCUCCAUGUGAUUGGAUUGUGGCAUGAGCAUAUGCGUUAUGAUCGUGAUAAGUACAUCAAGGUUCAUUACGAGAACAUUGAACGAGAUUACUGGAGCCAGUUUAGGACAAUCCCCCUGUCAAGAGCAACAACCUACAAUGAACCUUAUGACUAUAGAUCAGUUAUGCAUUAUAGUAAGAAAGCAUUUGCUAAGCCUGGAAAAAUCAGUAUGGAAACACUGGACCCCAAAUUCCAGGUUAUCAGCUUGAACUUGCUAUAUAACGCCUUGACUCAAAAGUAG